GACUUUACAAAAUGGCGCCUUCGUAAUAAGGUCAGGUGAUGGAUCUUCUCCAUUUUAGCUGGGACGUUUUAGUUGGCAAUGGAAGCUGGGGGACGAACGAUGUUUUUAUUGGUGGUGAGGUUUGAUGUCAUGGUUUGGAUGAGGUGGUUUCUCGUUUCAUUUGUCAAAAAGUCGGUGUCAGUCUACAAGGAGGAAAAACGGUGUCAGGCUGGAAAAUCUCCUCGUCGCGAUCAACAACACACAUUCGAUUCAAUGUAAUUCAACGUUAUGGUGACAGGGUGUAACUCCGAGCGCAGGAAGACCAAACAUUCGCCUUGUAGAUUGCCAUCAACGUGUUUCGCACGUCAGUCAGGAGAGGCAACAUCUUGUUUAAGCUUCUUUUGGAUAUUUUUGUUCAAUGUUUUUUUUUUUUUUAGUCUCAUUUAACAUUGCUUACCAUCACCACCCUAGCCAAACACCAUGCAAGACGUCUGCAUUACUGAACAGGCAACCACAUUUAUGGGGUGGCCUAUGUUUGUUAUUUUGGUAUAAUGCGAGAUGUGAACCGAUCGGAGAGGUGCUGAUGAUAAGUUGUGUAAACAUUUUUGCAACCUUGUUGUCAGUUUGCCUACUGGUCACAAGUAAUUUCCAAGUUGUGAUUGAAACACGCUUCACGCAUGGCUCAGAUAUGCCAACAAGAUGAUCUUUCCACUGCACUUGUAUUCUCCCGUCCCUACAACCUAAAAGGAAAAUACUUACAGUGAUGCUAGGUUUUAAUAAAUAAUGACCGCACUCGACAACUUCAUAUCACACGCUUUCCUUCCUCAACCUAACCCAUUUGCGAGCCCCGCCUUGGGUAAAGGAUUGGUUCAAUAUGGGGGUUGGGCGGCUGCAAAUCCUCUGUGUGCAGAUUCCGCUCUGUUGAAUGGUUGAGGGACAUGGCCAUCAUGCGUCCGGUCCCGCCUCCCGCGGUGAGCAGGGUAGUAUGUGAAUUGUGUCUGAGAGGCGGUAUCCUGAACUGAACAGGGCUUUGCAUGUCAAAGUGGUGGUCUUGUGUUUCUUGAUCGAAGCCAAAAUGGAUAUGAAGAAAAGAAUUCAUCUAGAAUUGCGAAAUCGGACACCGUCUGAUGUCAAAGAGCUUGUGCUGGAUAACUGCCGGUCGAACGAGGGCAAAAUCGAGGGCCUCACAGAUGAGUUUGAAGAGCUGGAGUUCCUGAGCACGAUCAACGUUGGCUUGACGUCCGUCUCAAAUCUGCCCAAAUUAAAUAAACUCAAAAAGCUUGAGCUGAGUGACAACCGUAUCUCAGGCGGUCUGGAGGUCCUGUCGGAGAAAUGCCCCAGCCUCACACACCUCAACCUCAGCGGCAACAAGAUUAAAGACCUCAGCACCAUCGAUCCUCUGAAAAAGCUGGAGACUCUAAAGAGUUUAGACCUGUUCAACUGCGAGGUGACCAACCUGAACGACUACCGGGAGAACGUCUUCAAGCUCCUCCCCCAGCUCACCUACCUGGAUGGCUACGACAAGGAUGAUAAGGAGGCGCCCGACUCAGAUGCGGAGGGCUACGCAGGGCUGGAUGACGACGACGAUGAAGAUGAAGAUGACUACGAUGAAGACGCAGCUCCAGGAGAGGAGGAUGAUGACGAUGAAGAUGUAGAAGAGGAGGAGGAUGAAGAGGGAGAGGAAGAGGAUGACUUGAGUGGAGAGGAGGAGGAGGAAGAUGACCUGAAUGAAGGCGAGGAGGAGGAAGAGGACGAUGAGGAACGGGGACAGAAGAGGAAACGAGACCCUGAAGACGAUGAUGAGGACGAUGACGACGACGACUGAUCUGCUGACCGCCUCCACCUACCUACCUACCUACCUGCUCUUUUUAAAAUGGCCGACCGACCGAACGAACGAUGUGUGUUUUUCUAAACGGGUGUAUAAAUUGUGUGGGGGGAGGGGGGGUGGGUGAUUUCCCUUUAAGCUGUCCUCACAGGCAAGACGGCAUGAAUGGAGGAGCUCCUGUACUGAACUGUGUGUGUGUGGAUGUGAGUGAAAAGAGAAUGUGUGUGUGGAUGGAUGCAACAGGCGGGUGUUUUUACCACAGGCAAACACUUGUACCCAAAGGCUUUUCUGAGUGCAUGUCCAAGUAUUUUGAUGACUACUGCUUUUUUUGUAAAGAUGUCAUAGUUCGAUUUCCCCCUCCCCUCCCCAUACGGGUGCUGUCGAGUGGGGCUGUUUUACAGAAGAAACUAUUUUACUGUUGGAUGGUGUGUGUCUGGUCUGCCUCACCCCAGGGACGUGUGUGUGUGUUUCCGUGUGUGUGUGUUUCCCGUCCGUCUGUCCCUCUCCCCUGUCUGCCAUUAUCAGAGCCCCCCCAAUCACCCUCCCCACCCCUUGCUCCGCUAGUCUAUGUGGGCUCUUUGUAAAUAGUGACCAAAUCUUUUUCUAUGCUUUUUUGAUAAUGGUAGACUUUUUUUUUCAUUAUCCAGCUGUAAUGUUGAACUAUAAUAAAGUCUCCUUUUGGAAUGGUGUGAGUCCCA